GUAGUAGCCGCAUUGACCACAGCAGUCGACUACUGCCCCCACGAACAGCCAGGAGACCGACUGAUCAACCAGUCACAGUACACACAACGACUGACCGCUGCACCCAACACGGCCAAGCAGCUGCGCCGGCGCCAGUCGCGGCUCCUUACCUCUCCCAUCCACUUGCCAACUCUUCCCACCCACCCCCAAAACAUGCAUCCCUUUCCGCCUUUCUCACCCCUCUACCAGCGUAUCCGCCUUCUACCCACUAUUCCCCACACCACUUCCACUUCUCCUUCUCGUCCUGCCGCCAAACUGCUUCCAGUCGUUUUUCCCCUACUUCUCGCCUCCUAG